AUGGGUUUCACGGUGGGGUGUGUGUGGGGCAUAGAGGCUUGUGGGAGGGGGGGGAAGGCAACUGGUGCUGAGGCGAUGCUCCCUCAGACCGGCGACGAAGCCGUUUUGAUGUUGUCGCGAUGGGAACGGACAAUUUUGGCUCGACGGAUGAUCCGAACCUCGUGUAGAACAGUUAGCAGAUCAGCCCAAGAGAUGAGUGGAGUCCGCUAA